GAAAGCUCCGGUCACACUGCUCAGUGGGCUGCUGCUUCUGCUUAUUGUAUUAUCAUUGUAUUUUGUGUGGUGAAAGGCUUUUGGUUUUGUGCGCUGACAUUGUGCGUCCACGGAACAGAACUCGCUUUGAAACAUGUCCCAGGCCUUGAACAAUCCAGGAGGAGGCGGAGGUGGCCCCCAUCGUGACUACGGAGCUAUGGCAGAUUCCACUCCCGAAGUAAGUUUUGCAGCCGCCGGUGGAUCCUCGGGGUUUAGUCCUACGGAAUUCAUGUCUCUCAGCGAGGAUAUUGGCCACAAUAUAACUGCGAUCCAUAGCAGCACUAAGCAGUUGGAGAAGCAAUUAAAACUGAUAGGGACAUCAAAGGAACUUCCCAAUCUGCGAGAGAAAGUGCACACCAUUAACACCAAGUGCAAUGCCCGGGUGCAAACAACCAGUCAGGAUUUGCAAAGGUUACAGGCUGUAGUCCGUCAUGGUGAUCGCCAGCAGAAACUCCAGCUGGAGAAGCUCACAAGGGAGUUUCAUGGGGUUGUCGAAAAGUAUUCCAAUUUACAGCGACGUAUUUCGUCAGCCAUGCGGCAGACCCUUCAGCAGGCCCAGCAUUUUGCUGAUCAGGAUGUGGAGGCCAACGCCCGAGCUGAGCUGCUCCAUCAACAGCGUUUGGAGCAGGCCCAUCUCCAGCAAGAGCACGAUAUGCUCGACGAGCGAAGGCGACAGGUCGAACAAAUAGAGUCGGAUAUUAUCGAUGUCAACCAGGUCAUGACCAAGCUUAGUGGACUGGUGCACGAUCAGGGGCAGCAGAUGGAUUUUAUCGAGAACAAUAUUGAGCAGACGGCCGCAAACGUUGAGGAUGGCACCUCGCAGCUGGCCAAGGCGGCCAGGAGUCGUCAGAGCUACAGGCGCAAGAUCUUGAUACUCUUGGUGAUCGCUGUGAUAAUAGGUUUAAUCGUAACUGGCGUUAUUGUUGCCAAACUGAACAGUUAAUUGUUUUAUUUGUACACCCACAUUCAAACACACGCAAACAUACACACACACACACCCACACAUGCAUAGAUUUUUGUAAAACGAUUUUUAUAAGAAACAAAAUAUUCGAACGUUGAGAACUCUGUUUAAUCACCAAGUGAGCAAAGACAACAAACAUGUAGAGGAAAAGCUAAAAAAUAAACAAAUACAAUAUUUAUAAAUAUA